AUGGCGGCCGUUUGUAACGCCGGCCCGUCCUUUGCGUACGACCCAUCGUCAUCAUCGAGUGCGGAGUACACACUAUCGUCCCUGCCGCCCUCGCCCCCGCGCCAAGGCGCGUCGCAGGAGGAGGUCUUUCGUUACCACCUCACCGUCGAGCUCCAGAAAAUGGGGUCACAGCCUGACAAGACUCUGCUCGACCGCCUGGUCAAGCAGCACUACCCCCUCGUGCAAAAGCAGCGCGAGAGCGCCACUGCCGAGCCGCCGUCGAUCGAGCAAGGCGCCGCGAGUGCGGCCGAGGCCACGUCGGUGCUCACGCCGCCCGCGAGCGUCGGCGACGCAUUUAGCCCUGCCGAGCGCUGGUCGGCAGACGCAGAGGGCGACGACGACCUCCCGUCGAAUCUGCUGAACCUCGACUUUACCGAAGACGUCGACCAGCAGAUGGACUCGGCGCUCUACGUACCCCCGUUCAUCGACCCGAUUGCGCCGCAAGAGACGCCCGGCUUUGAUACCGCUUCGGCCUUUGUACAGGACAAGGAGGCGAGUGCGCCACCGGGCGAGACUUCGAUCGAUCCGCAGCUCGUCCUCUCGCAGCCCGAGCCCGUGGCGCCCGACGCGCCCCUUUUUCCCUCUCUAACGCUUCCCGAGCCAAACGUGCCGAUGAAGAGCGAGUCUCCCGCCCCCAUGCCGAUGGUGGCCGAGGAGCCAGAGAGUGAUACCACCUUUACCGCUUUUACGCCGAUGCGCCUCGACCAGCCGACGCCCUCCCGCCCGAAGCUAGACAUGCGUGCGACGAGCCCCGACGUGGAAAACCUCCGCCCGUCGAUGGAAGAGUACAACAAGCUGUCCAGCAAGGAAAAGCGGCAGCUGCGGAACAAGAUCUCGGCGCGCAACUUCCGCAACCGCCGGAAGGAAUACAUCACCUUGCUCGAGGACCAGAUCCAGGAGCGCGAUCGGAUCAUCGAGAGCCUCAAGGACCAGCUCUCGUCGCUGCGCAUCCAAAACAGCGACCUAACGAACGAAGUGCGGUCGUACCAGACACGCGCGCCGUCCGUCGACAUGUCCAAACUGCUUGGCGCGCUGCAGCGCAGCUCGGACGAAGCCACCCGUUCCCCGCGCCUCAGCGCGCAAAACGGCCUGGUGGUGCCCAACAUGCGCAAGGACGUGAGUCCCUCGCCGCGCUCCUCCUCUCCGACAUCCUCCUUUUGGGGCGGCGUGCCGAGCCUCGCGCAGAGCGCGCCGGCAAUGGUCGCCUAG